AUGGUAUAUCCCAAGGAUCGUCGUUUGUUGGUGUACCCUUUACUUAUUGUGUACUUUAUCCUGCUUUGGACUGUGCCCCUGAGCUUAAAUGGAGAAAGGCAGGUAGGGACCUGGACAAGGACAUACCCAUCUGGGUGUGCAAGAAGUUUGUCCGAAUCGUCGAUCUCUACGGAUCAUGGCCUAAUAGAGCAGAAGAAGGACACAAAAUGCAAUCAAGACACUUCCAGAAGUUGCCACAAUAACAUGAAGGAAACGGGACAUUCACAUACGGGGGUACACGGAGGGGGCUGCAGAUCCGAUGAAAGUCUGGCUAGCGGGUGCGAUGCAGGAAGAAAUAAGAAAGCUCACGUUCAUCAAACUUGUGAGAGUUAUACUUAUGAAACUUGUGAUGGUUAUCCUUAUCACACUUAUGGAGGUUAUCCGCAUCCAACUUAUGGAGGUUAUCCUCAUCCACCUUAUGGAGGUUAUCCUCAUCCACCUUAUGGAGGUUAUCCUAAUCCACCUUAUGGAGGUUAUCCUAAUCCAACUAUUGGAACUUAUCCUCAUCCAACGUAUGGAGGCUACCCUCAUCCAACUUAUGCAGCUGGCGCAAGGCAAUACUAUGGGACCAUGUACCCUAAUAUGAGGACCCAUAUCGUAGGAGGGUACAGAUCAGUGCUCCCAUUUACUUGA